AUGAUCGCCGAGGACACGCUACUGCGCUUCAGCGGAGUUCCCCUCGGAGAGGCCUGUACCGACGAAGCGGAUCGUUUGCUGCACGACGCUCUUUGCGUGUUGGCCGCGGAAACGUCCGCUGACGAAGACGACGACGAUCGCCGACAAAGAAAGAGUACCGUUUGUAACGCUUAUCUAAGCGAAGAGUGCACGUGUAAUCAACAUGCCCAUCGAAGGACGCUGCAGCGAUGGCCGGACCUGGACAUCCUGGACAGCCGGAUUAUGCUGCUGGAGCAAAAAUUUAACGAAAAGAUGAUUGUUUCUAUGAAGAUGAACAAAACUACUAGUCAGAUGAGUUUUAAAUAUAGUUAG